AUGGUCCUUGCCGAUGUCCUCAAAAGAUGGGCAAACCUUCGCGGCGAUGACGGAGCCAAAAUGCUCACCGGGACGGACGAACAUGGCAUGAAAGUACAGAAAGCCGCGCAAAAGGUCAACACAGACGUCAAACUGCUCUGUGACCAUCACGCCGAGCAGUUCAGACAUUUGGCCGACGCUGCCAACAUCAGCUACGAUCGUUUUAUGCGCACAACAGACGAAGACCACAAAGACGUGGUUCGCUAUGUUUGGGAAGAGUUGAAUCGGAACGGCUACAUUUACGAGGCAAAGCAUGAGGGCUGGUACUCUGUCAGCGACGAGACAUUUUAUCCAACCACCCAGAUACACAAAGUGCUCGAUCCCUCCACGGGUCUGACCAAGAUUGUCUCCAUCGAGACUGGCAAGGACGUCGAGUGGACUUCGGAGACCAACUAUCACUUCCGACUUUCUGCCUUCCAGCAACCCCUGCUCGAGCACUACGACAAGAAUCCGGGCGCCAUCGUCCCGAAACAACGCAUGAAUUUUAUUCUCGAUGAGAUUCGGGGUGGAUUAAAAGACCUCUCUGUCUCCAGGCCAGCGUCGCGACUCACAUGGGGCAUCCGAGUACCGGGAGAUGACAGUCAAACCAUCUAUGUAUGGCUCGACGCUCUAUUCAACUACUUGACCAUGACGGGGUAUCCCUUCGUCCACAAGAACGAUCCAACUACGAUUUGGCCACCGAACUGUCAAGUGAUAGGGAAGGAUAUUAUCCGAUUUCACACGAUCUACUGGCCUGCAUUUCUCAUGGCGUUAAAUCUGCCGGUAACUGAAAGGUUUCUGACUCAUGCUCACUGGACGAUGAACAAUCAGAAGAUGUCCAAGUCCUCGGGCAAUGGUGUGAAUCCGUUCUAUGCCAUGGAUCGUUUCGGCGUGGACUGUAUCCGCUUCUACAUGGCUCACAAUGGCGGCAUUGUAGACGACGCCAUGUAUGAAAACUCCUUCAUCGCUGAAACGUAUAAUCAUCUACUGAGGGGCGGUCUGGGAAACCUCAUCCACCGUGUCUUCAGGAGCAAGCAUUUCAGUGUCCACGAAGCUGUCAAAGCCGUGAGAGAAGAUGAGCAUGUUUCGGCUAUGAUGUCUCACGAGGAGUGGAAUGGGCACGACCAGUCCCUGAGGCCAAUCCAUGACAUCCUUAGGGCCCAGUACAAUAACCUUUGCUCGGCGAGAGAUGUUGCAGACAGUCAUAUGAAAGAGCCAGACCCGCGCAAGGCUGUACAAUCCAUCUGCGAGCUGAUAGGACAGACGAAUAGCUUCUUUCAGAACACUGCCGUCUGGAGACUUGUCAAGAGCAACAGGCCGGAGGAGCGAGCAUUAGGCCUUUGUGCGCUCUUCAUGAGUGCCGAAUCCAUUCGAAUCAUGGCUAUCCUCCUCCAGCCGUUCAUGCCGGAAAGGAUGAAAGCCGCCCUGGAUCUGAUGGAGGUCGACGAGUCGAACAGGACGUUCGACCAUGCUGUGGUAGGAGCCGACAUGACCUACGGCCCAGCUGCUUUGGCGGCUGACGUGAAGCCUUCGGUGGACGUUAUUUUUCCAUUGCUGUUGUCCUCCCAUUGA